AUGUCGUCUGGUGCCCGCACCUCCUCCGCCGUUUUCAUCCCCGCCGCUUCCUCCUCGCCGUCACCGCGCGCUCCCCACCUAGCCUUCGCCGCCGCCACAGAGCGCGUGAGGUCGGGGAUGUUCCACCCUGAGCAGGCGCACCACCUGUUCGACGAAUUGCUGCGUCAAGCCACCCCCAUCCCCGAGCGCGCGCUGAACGGAUUCCUCGCCGCGCUCGCAUGUGCGCCAUUCUCCGCCGCCUGCAGAGAUGGCCCUGCCCUUGCCGUCUUACUCUUCAACACCGCGUCUCGAGCUGACGGCCCGCAGGUGCUGUCCCCUGCAUUCUGCACCUAUGGCAUCCUCAUGGACUGCUUCACCCGAGCGCACCGCCCGGAGCUAACGCUGGCCUUCUUCGGCCAGCUUCUCAAGACAGGCUUGGGAGUCGAUACCAUCAUCAUCAGCAACCUUCUCAAGGGCCUUUGUGAAGCAAAGCGGAUAGACGAGGCUUUGGGCAUCCUUCUCCACAGAAUGUCUGAGUUGGGCUCCUCUGCAACGACGGAAAAGAGUGGCCAGGCAGAUGAAUUGCUACGGAUGAUGGCUGAAAGGGGAUCUGUCUGCUCGCCCACCGUGGUUGCAUAUAAUACGGUCAUCGAUGGCUUCUUUAAGGAGGGCAGUGUUGCUAAAGCAUGUGAUCUAUUCAAUGAAAUGAUGCAGCGGGGCAUUUCACUUAAUCUAUUGACAUAUAACUCCAUUGUUCAUGCACUGUGUAAGGCUAUAGCAGUGGACAGGGCAGAGGCCGUCCUUCGACAAAUGGUUGAUAAAGGUGUUCAGCCAGACCGCAGGAUGUAUAAUAACUUGAUCUAUGGAUAUUCCUCUAUGGGCCAGUGGAGGGAGGCAGUGAGGGUAUUUAAAGAGAUGACAAGACAGGGCAUCUUACCAAAUGUUUUUACUUCGAGCAUGUUAAUGGCUUCCCUCUGCAAGUAUGGAAAAAUCAAGGAUGCUAGAGAUGUGUUUGACUUAAUGGCAAUGAAGGGCCUAAAACCUGAUAUUGUCUCCUACCUAAUUAUGCUCAACGGAAUUGGUAAGAUGGAUGAUGCUGUCGAAAAAUUUAAUCAGAUGAUUGAUCAAGGAGUAGCACCCAAUAUGUGUACUUACUGUUGCCUGAUUCAAGGUUUUUGUAUUCAUGGUGGUUUGCUGAAAGCCAAGGAAUUGGUUUUGGAAAUGAUGAAGAAAGCUGGCAUUGAACCAAAUGAUGUAGUGUAUGGUACACUUGUUAGUGGCUAUUGUAAAGUUGGAAGGAUCGAUGAAGGGUUGAGUCUUUUCAGAGAAAUUUUGCAUAAGGGAAUAAAGCCUUCAACUAGUUUAUACAACAUCAUACUUCAUGGGUUAUUUCAGGCUGGGAGAACAGUUCCUGCAAAGGUGAAAUUUCAUGAAAUGACUGAAAGUGGAAUCGCAAUGGACACAUAUACUUACAGCAUAGUUCUUGGUGGACUUUUUAAAAACAGCUGCUCUGAUGAAGCAAUCUUGCUUUUCAAAGAACAACAUGCAAUGAAUGUAAAGAUUGAUAUCACAACUCUCAAUAUCAUGAUAGCUGGAAUGUUUCAAAUCAGGAGAGUUGAAGAAGCCAAGGAUCUGUUUGCUUCAAUCUCAGGAAAUGGACUGGUACCUUGUGUUGUAACUUACACUGUAAUGAUGAUAAAUCUUAUAAAAGAAGGAUUGAUGGAAGAGGCAGACGAUAUGUUUUCAUCCAUGGAGAAUUCCGGUUGUGAUCCUGAGUCUCGAUUGCUGAAUCAUGUGGUUAGGGAAUUACUAGAGAAAGAUGAAAUAGUCAGGGCUGGAACUUACUUGUCCAAAAUUGACGAGAGAAAUUUCUCAGUUGAACAUUCAACCACAACGUUGCUGAUUGAUCUCUUCUCAAGCAAAGGGACUUGUCGGGAACACAUAAGAUUUCUCCCUGCAAAGUAUCAUUUUCUUGGAGGGGCCAACCUGUAUUGA